GAAACACGUGACUUUGGCUUUUAAAUACAGUGAAUUGGUUCACCCCAACCAAACAUCACAGUCGACGAUGUUGUUGAGUCUAGCAUUUGCUGUUGUUGCGUUUACCUGCCUGCUGCAUGACACGUCGGCGAUUGUCGUGUCCUACAGAUGUGGUCGCAGAAAUUCCUGGAGAAGAUACUCCACCUGCUACAGGAUCCAAGCACAAAAUGGCGGCUGGUCCGGCUGGACGCCGUGGAGAGACAUAGACGAAUGCAGUGUCCUGUGCGGGGGCGGGACCAAGGACCAAGAUCACACCAGGUCGUGUACCAACCCCAGACCCACCCACGGGGGAGCUUACUGUCCCGGGGUCUCCUACCAGAACAGGACCAUCUCCUGCGGCACCGACCUCUGUGGAAGCAGGUGCCCCAAAGGAAAGAACACUUUUAUCACCCACGCUACAAAUCCUGCACGUUACUACCACUGCAGUAACAGCGUAGCAUUCUUACACGAUUGCGCACCAGGAACAUGGUUUGACAUUGCACGACCCGGAUGUAUCCAGUUGGCGACAACUCCCGACAGCGCAUGUGCAGGGAAAGGUUUCCGGGUGUUCGCGCAUGGCUCCGACUGCCGGAAGUACUACGCGUGCUCUCAUGGCACUAGGAUAGAGAGAACCUGUCCGAAGAAAACCAAGUUCGACAGCACACUCGAAAGAUGCGUCCAUGGAAAUUGUUAAUACCAGAGACCAUCUUUAAGUUUCAAAUAAAAUCUGCAUUCCUUUA